AUGAGUUAGAAAUUUAAACUGAUUGAUGAAUGCCAAAAUUUACCAUUGAUAGUUAGAAAGCCUAUUGGUGUUAUGAAUUAUAACUUGUAUAAGAAAUACCAGCAUUCUUAAAAUUAUUAUUACAUAAGAGAAAUAAAUGAAAUAUUAAGUGAGGCAUAAACAAAAUAUGUUAUCAAUUUUAAAGAUUGGUUGACAAUAGAUGAGGAAGUACUUUAUUAAAUAAAUAACAAUAGGAUGAAUAUCUUAAACGAUUUUAUAAAAUAGAUGAAUAUUCAUAAAAAAUUGCAUUACUUACCGAGUAUUACAAAGUAUGGUAUUUGAUUGAAAUAGUUUCAUGCAGAUAUUGCUAGAAUAUUUUAAGAGCCGGUAUGCACAGUUUUAAAUAAAUAUUAUGAUAAGAAACGAAAGUACGACUAUUUUCGAAUAGCUAAAAUAAUUGAAGAAGAAAAUAAGUUAAAUCCUUAAAAACCUCCUAAAGGUAUAGUAGGUGAUCGUCCAUCUCCUGUUAAUUCUUAAGAAUCUCUACCUCCUGAAUAAGAGGAAGGAGAAAACUAAGUUUUACACACCUAAGUUUUGAAAGAAUUAAGUUGGUUAAAAGUAAUAAUAUAAACUAAUUAGAAUGAAAAACUAUUUCGUAAAGAUGUAUCACAUAAUACUAUUAAUGAACUAUUUAAGCAUCUCGAACAUUUUGAUGAUCUAUCUUCUUUCUCUAUUGCUACCAAUCAUAAAAAAGAUAAGAUUACUUUAGAUAAUUUCUUACUUUAUAUAGGUAGUAAAAAUAAUAAAAAAUAAAUGACAUCUCCUGCUCCUAAAUUAUCAUAGGAGUAAAAGAUUUAAGAAUUAAUAUUAAAAUAGAAAGCUAAAACAUAAUAAAAGGGAUAACCUAGUUAUAGUUUACAUAAAAAGAAUUAAGUCAAAUAUAGUAUAGGUUCUCUAGAAAAAAAGGUUACCUUUUCUAAAGAUUAAUUUAAUAAUAAUUCAAAGAAAUCUAAUCGUUAAGCUUCAACUGAUAUUAUUGAAAGUCUAACUAAAUUAGAUAAUAAACCUUAGGAUAUAAUUAAAAAUAAAUCUAAAACAACUGUGAUGAAGAAUUAAAUUAAAAUCAAUAAAAUCAUACGUGAUGUAAAUUNGAAAGCCUAUUGGUGUUAUGAAUUAUAACUUGUAUAAGAAAUACCAGCAUUCUUAAAAUUAUUAUUACAUAAGAGAAAUAAAUGAAAUAUUAAGUGAGGCAUAAACAAAAUAUGUUAUCAAUUUUAAAGAUUGGUUGACAAUAGAUGAGGAAGUACUUUAUUAAAUAAAUAACAAUAGGAUGAAUAUCUUAAACGAUUUUAUAAAAUAGAUGAAUAUUCAUAAAAAAUUGCAUUACUUACCGAGUAUUACAAAGUAUGGUAUUUGAUUGAAAUAGUUUCAUGCAGAUAUUGCUAGAAUAUUUUAAGAGCCGGUAUGCACAGUUUUAAAUAAAUAUUAUGAUAAGAAACGAAAGUACGACUAUUUUCGAAUAGCUAAAAUAAUUGAAGAAGAAAAUAAGUUAAAUCCUUAAAAACCUCCUAAAGGUAUAGUAGGUGAUCGUCCAUCUCCUGUUAAUUCUUAAGAAUCUCUACCUCCUGAAUAAGAGGAAGGAGAAAACUAAGUUUUACACACCUAAGUUUUGAAAGAAUUAAGUUGGUUAAAAGUAAUAAUAUAAACUAAUUAGAAUGAAAAACUAUUUCGUAAAGAUGUAUCACAUAAUACUAUUAAUGAACUAUUUAAGCAUCUCGAACAUUUUGAUGAUCUAUCUUCUUUCUCUAUUGCUACCAAUCAUAAAAAAGAUAAGAUUACUUUAGAUAAUUUCUUACUUUAUAUAGGUAGUAAAAAUAAUAAAAAAUAAAUGACAUCUCCUGCUCCUAAAUUAUCAUAGGAGUAAAAGAUUUAAGAAUUAAUAUUAAAAUAGAAAGCUAAAACAUAAUAAAAGGGAUAACCUAGUUAUAGUUUACAUAAAAAGAAUUAAGUCAAAUAUAGUAUAGGUUCUCUAGAAAAAAAGGUUACCUUUUCUAAAGAUUAAUUUAAUAAUAAUUCAAAGAAAUCUAAUCGUUAAGCUUCAACUGAUAUUAUUGAAAGUCUAACUAAAUUAGAUAAUAAACCUUAGGAUAUAAUUAAAAAUAAAUCUAAAACAACUGUGAUGAAGAAUUAAAUUAAAAUCAAUAAAAUCAUACGUGAUGUAAAUUAAAAUAAUACACCUACUCCUUCAUUACAUAAAGUUUCUAUUAGUUCUACUCAUCUUAAAACUUAAUAGCCAUAACAUAUUCAAUAGAAUAAUAAUAAUAUAAAAUUGAAUUCAUUAGCUAAAUUAUUGAUUGAAGAUACUUAUCAUGAUCACUAAUAAAAUAAACUAAAAUAUGGAGCCAUUACUCAUAGACCUUUAUCAACAACAAAUACAUUAUUUACUUCAUAUUCUAAUAGAAAUAGUCCUUCUAUUAAUUAUAAAAAAUCCAAUCAUCAUAAUUCUAAACCUGAUAUUAAUUUACAAAAAUAAUAAGGUAAAUAAACGAAUUCUAUUUAAUAAUCUUCAUAAUUUGGAUAAAUUGCCAAAAAUUUAUUCAAAAAAGUAUUGAAUUAAAAAAAAUCAAAACCUAGUAAUCAUAUAAAAUAAAGUUCUCAUCAAGAUAAAAUACUUAAUUAAUUCGAUAAACUGAAAAUUAAUUGUAAUUCUCAACAAUAAUUUAAUGAAAUUAAUGAUAAAAAAUAACAUAAAAAAAAUAAAUCAGAUGGAAGAGCAUUAUAUAAUAAAUUAUCUAUAGCAGAUCUCGGAUGCUUUACAGAGAGAUAUGAAAAAGAAUCUCCAUCUCUAAAUUUUCAUAGUAAUAACAAUAAUCAUAAUUCACCUCAAACUUAACAUAUAAGAAGACUUCAUAGUGAAAAAUAAGAAUCAAUAUCUAAAAAUAUGAAAGGAUUAAUGAUAUAAUAAAUGUUGAAGCAACUAGCUAAACAAAAUUAGUAGAAUUAAUAAAAAUAAGAACUUCGUUCUGCUAUUAAAAAUUCUUAGAAAUAAUUUUGA